CGCAGAGGCCCCGAACGUGAUGGAGGAGAUCAAGAUAUCGCAGUCGGGCACACGGGCUUUGUCGGUGUACAAGCUGUGCGCAAGCACAAACAGUGGACUCACACCAGAACAGGAGAGGAUACUCUUAGGCGGCGUAUCGCCAGAAGAGGUCCUGCGCGGAAGGAGAGGACAUCCAGCAAUUAGUCAGGAUUCUCAGCAUGGAGGAAACGCCACCACGACGAC